UUAAAAUGUACCCAUUAAUUAGAAUUUACUGGGCAUUGCGUGGGGUUUUCGCCCUGCAUGACUUCAUGGACAUAGAGGGCAGGCGCCUGGGUCUCCUCGAGCGAGGCGGCCCCUGAAAGUUGAUCAUGUGUGGUGGCCAGGCUCUCAGCAUGAGAGUUGCAAGCUUCCAUGGAGGGUCAAAGAGAAUGAAAGGGCAGGGAAAGAUCUGGUGGAGGAGGGGGCCGGGCUCUCAUGGAGCCAUGGAAAGCUGGGGGAUCAGGAGGGGCCAGGUAGAGCCAAGGCAGGGCUGAUGUGCGGGGGCCACAUCCGAGCACUGAGAGAACACCGUACCUGCAGUGCAGCAGCGUUACCUGGGAGAGCCACUCGGGGAGGCUGGCAGGGCAGGGCGGGCAGAGCAAGCAGGGCCCCUCCCUGAAUCAUCUUCCGUAGUUUAGGAUCAUUUUCAAAAUCCAGGUUUUGUUUAAUAACAAGUUCAUGAAAGACAUUGUUUCUAUUUACCCUUCUUAAACAUACACAAAAUAAGCUGGGGCAGUAAGAAGAGCCGCGAGGUGUGGUUUUCUGUAAGAUGUAUGGCUGAUCCCUGUCACCCAGGUUUGGGAAGGUAGCGCAUCCCUUUGAAGGUGCUGGGCCCGUGUUUCUGUCGUCUCCUUGACAUCUUCUGUGAGUGGAGCAGAGUGGCUGUACGUAAGGAAGAGCCCAGCCUUGUUACUCUAUUUUUAUAAAGCACAAAGGCUGUGCGUCUGCAGUCGACGGAGAAAACGUCUUUAGUGCCUGAGAAGCCUCGCAAGUGCUGACUUCCCCAGCCGCCAUGCCUGGCUGGGUGAGCUCUCUGAUGAGCGUUCAAGUGCUACUUUUGUCCGCACCACACCUGAGUUUACGCAUCCAGCCUGACGCAGGCAGCCUGGCGGGUGGAACGUGGCUCACCAUCACCUGCGAUGGUUUGGACCCAGGCGUCCUCUACCCCCGCAACGGCUCCCAGCUGGAGAUAAGCCUGGUGAGCGUGGCCGCGCCAGCCUUGCCCGGAGUCCCCUGUGAUGUCACUCCCGUUUUCUUGGAGGCGCCUGUGGUGAUGUGCCAGACCAGAUCCCUGCUGUCCGAAGCCUACGAGGGCCUGUACUCCCUGGAGGUGCGCUCUGGUGGACAGGUUGUGUGCAGCCCAGGCCCAGGCCCACAGGACAACUGCACUUUCAAGUUUUCUAAGGCACAGACACCUGUUAUUCACCACGUUAAUCCAUCAAGUGGAGUUCCAGGAAAGUUAAUACAUGUAGAUGGCUGGAUUAUCACGGGAAGGCUAGAAACCUUUGAUGCUGAUGCCGAGUACAUUGAUAGCCCACUGGUCUUGGAGGCUCAAGGAGAAGAAUGGAUCACUUCUUGUUCUCUUAUAGACAGGCACACAGGAGGCCACUACCCUCUCUGGGAAGACCGUGGCCUUGGGACGCUGACGUGCCGUGUGGAAGGCGAUUACAUAGGCUCCCAGAAUAUUAGUUUUUCGGUGUUUAACAAAGGAAGGUCAAUGGUGAACAAGAGCGCUUGGCUGGUCAGCGCUAAGCAGGAACUUUUCCUGUACCAGACUCACUCAGAAAUACUAUCCGUGUCUCCAGAAAUGGGGAGCCUUGGCGGAAGAACAGACCUCACCAUCACAGGAGACUUCUUCGACAGCUCCGCCCAGGUCACCGUGGCAGGCCUUCCGUGCGACAUCAGCCACGUGUCUCCCAGGAAGAUUGAGUGCUCCACCAGGGCCCCAGGAAAGGGUGCGAGGCUCGCUGCUCCCCAGGCAGGCAAUCGAGGGCUUGUUUUGGAAGUUGGAGAUGCAGCCGAGGGCUUGGAGCUGACUGAAGCCACCCCUGGGUACAGGAGGCAGACUGUGCCCGAAGCCAGUUCCUCAUAUGGAUUUUGGUCAAAGGAAAGGCAGCCUUUCAGAGCACGACUCCGUGGGUUCUUUGUGGCACCAGAGACGAAUAAUUACACGUUCUGGAUCCAGGCAGAUAGCCAGGCCACCUUACAUUUCAGUCGUUCAGAGGAUCCGAGCACCAAGGUGAAAGUGGCCUCCAUUCGGGUUGGCACUGCUGCCUGGUUUGACUCCUGGGAGCAGAAAGGGACCGAUGAAGGGACCUGGCAGCAGAAGAGCCCCAAGAUGGAGCUGCUGGGUGGAGCCAGGUACUACCUGGAGGCAGAGCAUCACGGGACAGCCCCCAGCAGCGGGAUGAGAGUGGGGGUCCAGAUCCACAACACCUGGCUGAGUCCCGAUGUGGUCACCACUUACCUCCGAGAGAAGCACCAGAUCAGCGUCAGAGCCCAGAGGCUUCCGGAAAUACAGAUGCUGAAGGUUCCAGGCAAAGGAGACUUUUUCCUUACUUGGGACAACGCCUCCAGCCAGCCCCUUCCUGCAAAUGCCACGGCCCACCAGAUUCAAGCCACCAUUGAAAAGUUGCUUGCAAUAAAAUGCAACCUGGAGCCGCUGUCAGUCAACAUCCUGCUUCGACUUGGAUUUGAGCAAGGCCUAGAAGGCUCCAGCUCCGAUGGGGACCUCACCAGGCGCACAGAGCCCUUCUGUGGCAGAGUCUGCCUCCGCCAGCCUCGACGCCUUGACCUACUCCGCACUGCUGCGCAGAAGGGCUACCGGCUGGAGCAGUACCCACACCUGUGCCUGGCAUACAAAGGCCACAGGAAUACGGUCCUGAGGGUGACUGUGUCUUUCGUUAUCGGCUUUCAAAACAUCACAAAGAACAGCACCUGUGACUGGAGCCUCCCGGGAGCCAGCCCCAAGAGUUGGCAGUUCGCUUGCACCGACCUUCGGAACAUGUGUGCACAUGGCUCCAGGGACCUCCAGCUGCCUCUGGCCGACACCCCCGUGCUGGUUCAGCAGGUCGCCCUCCUCUCACUGGCCCAGGAGACGGGCCUGCUUUACUUGGAUGAAAUUAUUAUCUCAGACACAAACCUAACAGUUUCCCAAGAUGACUCUGCGACCACUCGCCCGGGAGGCAAUCUGGUGGAGUCCGUCUCCGUACUGGGGUCCCAUCCCGUCUACAACGUUACCUCCUGGACGGCCGGAUGUGGCGCGGAGCUCCCGCUCAUCGCGGCGCGCUCCGUGCCCACUGAAGGAGCAGAAGCCUCUGGGCUGGUCCAGGGGACAGCGCAGAGGCUGCAGAAGACAAGCCCACCAUUGGGAGGACGCUUCCGCAUUCACCUUCCUAACACAGUGAUUCCUGAUGUCCCUGUGCAUGUGUCGGCUGGUCACCUUCACAAGCUCUUACAGGACAGUGCCGAUGGCUUCACAUCCAGGUACCUUGGUGUCAGUGACUUCGUCGUGGAGGAGGACCGGAGCUCCUGCUAUGAACAUGUGUGGACCCUUGCCUGGUCCACCCAAGUUGGGGACCUGCCCAAUUUGAUUGAGGUCUCUGAUCAGAAUCUUACCGGGGUGAAUCCAGUGGUAGCUCUUCGUGUGGUGUAUGAUGGUGGAGUUUUCCUUGGACCCAUAUUCGGGGACAUGUUGGCCACUGCUCACCAGCAUGCUCAGGUGGUCGUGCGAGUGAAUGACAUACCGGCUCUGUGUCUGGGUUCCUGUUCUUUCCAGUACCUCCCAGGGCUGACUCCCAGGGUUCAUUCUGUGUGGUGUUCCCUUGAUGGUGACACCAACCUACUGGUUUAUAUCACUGGAACUGGUUUAUCUGGUGAUUCCAAGUCUUUACAAGUUAUGGUGAACCAAACAAGUUGCAAAGUUAUUUUCUCAAACCAAACACUUGUGGUGUGUCAGACAGACCUGCUCCCCGUGGGAGUGCAUCAGGUCUCGGUGCUGGUGAGACCCUCUGGGCUAGCUGUCAAUGCCAGUGGAGAAGGCCUCUUCCUGCAUGUGGAGCCUAGACUGGAUGUCGUGGAACCUUCCAGAGCUGCAGAGAUUGGAGGGCUCUGGGCCACCAUCUGGGGCUCUAGUUUGGAAAGUGUCAGCCUUGUGUUCUUCGGAUCUCAGCCUUGUGUGAUCAAUGUCACUACAAGAACUUCACGAAGAAUUCAAUGCAAAAUUCCUCCCAGGGGGCUGGAAGGCUCCGUGGUGACUGUGACCGUGUUCACCUUGGGUCACUCUGCAGUUCUGCCUGGAGCAUUUGCGUAUGAUUCUUCUCUAAACCCGGUGAUCGUGUCCCUGAGCGGAAACAGCAGCAGUGUAGCAGGAGGUGAGGCGCUUUUCAUUGGACUGAAGCUUCUGGGAAACUACGCAGAUCUGGCUGUGGAGGUCCAUGUCUGGGAUACCUCGGUUCAGGUCCACGCGUGGACAGCGCAGGGCCUGUGGGUGGUGCUGCCCCCCCUGCCCGCCGGCCUGCACGCACUGUCGGUCUCCAUCAAUGGCAUCAGCAUUCUCUCGCAAGGGUAAAGUGGGUGCUUGCCGCUGGUCCUUUUAACUUUUGCUUCCCAUGUUUGUGUUCUAGGUGGGACCAUCCUCAAUAUCUCUGGAGAAGGGUUCAGCAGAGACCCCACUUUGGUUUGGGUACUGGUGGGCAAUCAGUCCUGUGACAUUGUGGACUUGACGGAUGUAAGCAUCAGCUGCGAGACCCCGCCAGCCCUCCUGUCGUCUGCUGCAGAUUCCCUUCCUGUCCCCGUGGAGGUCUGGGUGGGCAACGCAUCUUUCGUCCACGGGCUUGUACCGGGCUUGGUGGGGAAGGGCUUCACUUUCACGUAUGCAUCAGCAGCAACCCCGGUGGUCGCUGCCCUGUGGGAAGAAGUCACCAAUAGCAGCCUGAAGUUCUAUCUGGAGGGGAAGCACCUGUCUGGCUCAGUCAUUCUUCUGGGGGGCUUGAAAUGUGACCUUGAGAUGCUGUCUUUUGGGGACAACAUGAGCCUGUCUGGCUGUGCCUUUCCUCUGCACAGUCUGGAGGCAGGCGUCUAUCCUGUCCAAGUACGUCACAAGCACAUGGGGCUCGCUGACCUGUCUGCAGUGCCCCAGCACUGGGCAAUGAUGCUGCAGGUGGCCACCAGCUCCCCAAAGCACAGUCCGGCAUGUGGUGGGACAGCACUCACCGUGCUGGGGACGCGCCUCCAGCCUAGAAGGAAGCCUGUUCAGGCGGACCUUUCAGCUCCUUUCACUCGUGUGCUAUUGAGUUUGAGAGGUGACACGGUUGUCUGCCAGGCCAAUCUGGUGGGUGACCACUUGGCUGGAGCUUCCUUCACUGUCAACAUCACAGUCCUAGUCAGUGGACUGGCCAGCAGCUGCCAGGGGAACUGCACUGUCUUCAUGCAGGGGAGGACGUCUCCUGUCAUGGACAAUGUGACUGCAGAGAUUAACGGGUCCCUGGUUGCCAUUCUGAUGGUGGUGCGGAGGCUGGGAAGUGCUGCUGGUGGGCCGCUAGGGUCUGUGGAGGUACAUCUUCUCUGUGACCUGACUCCCUUCAAUGCAAGCCACGUGGCAUGCCAGCUUAGCGCCCUGACUCCGGGACUCCUCUACCUGUUAGUCGUUCACACAAGUGAUGGGUGUGUUUGUCGGGGAGACGUCUCCAAGCGCUUGCCCACCAGGCCUCGAGUGUUCCGCUACUCCCCGAGGAGCUUCAGCAUGCAUGGUGGGGGCCUCCUGGCUGUCGAGGGUGCAGCCCUGAGAGGGCAGAACACCACUUCGGUCCAUGUGGGCCGGCAGGCCUGUCUGACCGUGAACGUCAGCUUGGAGCUCAUUCAGUGUGUUGUUCCUGCAGGAAAUGGCUCGGUUGCUCUGGAAAUUGAGGUGGAUGGAAUUUUGUACCAUGUGGGGGUCAUUGAUUAUAGUGAGGCCUUCACCCCAGAAUUGAUCUCUGUCUCUCAGAGUGGUGGCAUCUUGACCUUUGCAGUGGCCCGGAUCUCAGGAGCUGCCAACAUGGACAUUUUUAUUGGGAUGGUGCCCUGUGCAGGUGUCGCUGGCAACAGCACGGUCGUCCAGUGCACGGUCCCUCCCCUUCCGGCUGGGGAGCACCAUGUCCGAGGUUACGACCACUCCCGGGGCUGGGCCUCGUCGGCUCUUGUGCUCACAGUGAGAGCUACAGUGACAGCAGUGACGGAGAAUUUCGGCUACGUGGACGGAGGGCUGGUACAAGUGUUUGGAGCUGGCUUUUCCCUGGGGGCCAUCUCAGCAGCCGUGUGUGGAACUCCUUGCCGAGUGUUGGCAAAUGCUACAGUGUCUGCUUUCAGCUGCUUGGUUCUGCCCCUGGACGUGUCCUUGGCUUUCCUUUGUGGUCUGAGGCCGGAAGGGGACAGCUGCGAAGCCUCCGCCUCCACCUACGUGCAGUGUGAUUUGACCAUCACCCUGGGGACGCAGACACUGGCCGCGUCGUGGCCUUACCUUUACAUCUGUGAUGACCGCGCCCGGGGUGUCUCUACGCCAGACCAGGGGGCAGAGCCGGGCUCUCCCUCCUUCUCAGGCCUCUUCCUCAGCCCUAAAGUGGAAAGAGAUGAAGUUCUCAUCUAUAAUAGCUCCUGUACCAUUACCAUGGAAACUGAGGCAGAGAUGGAGUGUGAGACGCCUAAUCAGCCAAUUACCACCAAGAUUACUGAGAUACGGAAAAGCUGGGGCCAGAACACUCAGGGUGAGCUUUCGCUGCAGCUUUGCCUCAGAUGGUCCAGGGCUUCCAGCUGGUUUCCUGGCAGACAGCCACACGAUGGCGACAGCGUCACAGUGGAGAAGGGCCAGGGGCUGCUGCUGGACGUGAACACCAGCACCCUCAACAUGCUGCACGUGAAAGGAGGCAAGGUGAUUUUCAUGGGGCCGGGACCUGUGGAGCUCCGGGCCCACUCCAUCCUUGUUUCUGACGGCGGAGAGCUCCGGAUUGGAUUGAGGGACAAGCCCUUCCAAGGCAAAGCGCAGAUCACGCUCUAUGGGAGCUGCCACUCCACUCCCUUCUUUCCCUACGGUGUCAAGUUCCUGGCUGUGCGGAAUGGAACCCUUUCCCUGCACGGUUCCCUACCGAAAGUAACCGUCACCCAUCUUCGAUCCCCUGCUCAGGCUGGGGACACAGUGCUAGCUCUGGAGGAUGCUGUGGACUGGCUUCCAGGGGACGAAGCUGUCAUUGUCAGUGGGGCAAGGGCUGAAGGCACUGGCCUACGGGAGGAGAUGGUCGUCAUGGACACCGUGCACCACAGAGACCUCCGUCUCAGGUCACCCCUGAGAUAUUCUCACAGCUCCACAGAGGAUUGGUUGGUGGGAGGGCACCAAAUCUUCAAGGCCACAGUUGUUCUGCUCAGCAGGAGUAUUACCAUAAAAGGAAAUCUCACGCAAGAGAGGAAGAAGUUUCUUGAUUCCUGCCAGGAGACCAGUGUUCCAGAAGGUCAUCUGCAGUGCUGUGUGUACUCCAGGAGUGAGGCGGUGCUGGGAGCCAGGGACCUGGGGGCCAGACUCAUCAUCCAGUCUUUUGCGGAGGAGCCCAGCCAGAUCCAGCUGAAGGGGGUGCAGCUCUGCGACCUGGGGCAAGCCUUCCGGAAGCACCUGAGUGCCAUCACUGUGGUGGGAGCGCUGAGAGGUUCCUACAUGCAGGGCUGCACGGUCUGGAACUCUUUCAGCAGAGGCCUCGAGCUCCGGGGGGCCUGGGGCCUGGAGCUGGACAGCAACGUGUUCUAUAAGGUUUCAGGCCAUGCACUGCUGGUGGAACAAGGCUGGCCAGGACAGGGGAAUAUAAUAAGAAGCAACAUGAUCAUCAGCGUUUCUGGUGCCGAGGGUCUCUCCAGUCCCGAAAUGCUGACGCCGGCUGGCAUGUACAUCCGCAGCCCCACCAACGUGAUAGAGGGGAACAGAGUGUUUGUGGCUGGCUAUGGCUAUUUUUUUCAUCUUGUGACCAGUGAGACAUCAGAAGCUCCCCUCCUCUCCUUCACCCAGAACACAGCCUGCUCCUGCACAAGGUUCGGGCUCUUUGUGUACCCUAAGUUUCAGCCACCUUGGGACCAUGACACUGGCCUCACUCUCUUCCAAAAUUUCACGGUUUGGGGAAGUGCAGGUGGUGCUCGGAUUUUCAGGAGUAGCAAUCUUCGCCUGAAAAACUUCCAAGUUUAUUCAUGUAGAGAUUUUGGAAUUGACAUCGUGGAGAGUGAUGCAAAUACCUCCCUCACGGACAGCUUGUUGCUUGGCCGUCUUCCCCAUGAGCCACAGGAUAAAGUAUGUAUGUCAGCUGGAGUUAGGACUCCCAAGAGAUGGGAACUGAUGAUUUCUAACACAGAGUUUGUUAAUUUUGAUCUCAUGGACUGCGUGGCCAUCAGAACCUGCUCGGGCUGUUCCCGAGGACAGGGUGGAUUUACUGUGAAGACCAACAAUUUGAAGUUUACAAACUCUCCGAACUUAGUAGCAUUUCCUUUUCCUCAUGCGGCAAUUUUGGAAGACUUGGAUGGAUCUUUGUCUGGAAAAAAUAGAAGUCAUGUUCUUGCUUCUAUGGCCACCCUUCCAGAUUCUUGUUCGGUCAACGCAAGCUUCAGCCAGGUCGCCCAAGGCAGCGUCUGUGGGGAAGGCAUUCUCUUCCAUCGUAUGUCUAUUGGUCUAACUAGUGCUCCCGAUGUUCCCUGCGAUUUAACCAUCACGGACAGCAGAAAUGAGACAACCACGGUCAAUUACGUCCACGACACGCUGUCGAACCGCUACGGCUGGAUGGCUCUACUCCCGGGCCGGGAGACUCACGCUCUGCGAUUCGCGGACCCUCGCCUCAACAGACGCUUGCAGUACGCCGCAACCUUCGACAACUUUUCUCCUGGGAAUUACCUCCUGCUGGUGCACGCAGGCUUGCCAGCUUACCCUCGUGUCCUCGUGAGAUGCGGAAGUCGAGCGGGGCGGGCUCUUCUGUCCCUUCCCUCUCCUGGCCAGGACCAAGGCUGUGACUGGUUUUUCAACAGCCAGUCGAGGCAGCUCACCUACCUAGUUGCAGGGGAAGAGCAAGUUCACGUGUUUCUCCUGGUGGAGGAAGGUGCGGCGCCCCCAACUACCGCUGCUUCCACCUCUGCACCUGCAUCAGCUUUGAAAUGGUCCCUCCCUGAAACGUGGCAGGGCGUCGAGGAAGGCUGGGGAGGACACAGCCGCACCAUCCCAGGCCCUGGCGAGGACGUCCUGAUUCUCCCCAACAAGACUGUCCUCGUGGACACCGAUCUGCCAGUCCUCAAGGGCCUUUACGUUCUGGGGACUCUAGAGUUCCCUGUGGACAGGAGCAAUGUUCUGAGCGUGGCGUGCCUGGUCAUUGCAGGAGGGGAGCUGAAAGCGGGUACUUUAGAAAAUCCCUUAGAAAAGGAACAAAAGCUUCUGAUUGUCCUUAGAGCCUCAGAGGGAAUCUUUUGCGAUCGUUUGAGUGGAAUUCGUAUCAGCCCUGGAACAAUUGGGGUCUAUGGGAAGUUCCAGCUCCACAGUGCUUAUCCUAAGAAGCCCUGGACGCACCUUGCUGCUGAUAUUGCCCCGGGGAAUGAUAGAAUUAUAGUCGAAGACGCAGUGGACUGGAAACCCCUUGAGAAAAUCGUCCUUACAUCCUCUUCUUAUGAGCCGCAUGAAGCAGAGGUCCUCCCUGUGAGAGAAGUCAAGGGCCACCAGAUUGGGGUUCGUGGGCGUCUCCAACACCGGCACAUCGGAAGUCCCCACGUCCUGGAGGAUGGCAGGCACAUUCGUUUGGCUGCUGAGGUUGGACUGCUGACCCGUAAUAUACAAAUCCAGUCGGACACAUCCUGUGGUGGGACUCUACUGGUGGGGUCUUUCAGGAAGUCUCCCGCGGAGGAAUUCUCAGGUGUUCUUCAAUUUCUAAAUGUGGAAAUUUGCAACUUCGGGUCACCAUUGUAUUCGUCCAUCGAAUUCACUAAUGUGUCCUUGGGAGCCUGGAUACUGUCUUCCACUCUGCACCACAGCUGUGGUGGCGGCAUCCGUGCUGCUGCCAGUCGUGGCAUAGUCUUCAGGGACAACCUAGUGUUCAGCACAGCUGGCCAUGGCGUGGAUUUGGAGGGUGAAGCCUACUCUCUCACUAAUAACCUUGUAGUGCUGACGACACAGUCAGCAGGGUCCACCGCGUGGGUGGCAGGGAUCAAAGUGAUUAGGGCCAAGGAUGUCCUCCUUCGUGGCAAUGUUGUGGCAGGAUCCGAGAGACUUGGCUUCCACAUCCACGGGUGCACGUGCUCCUCUGAGAUGCUGUGGUCCAGCAACGUGGCCCAUUCGAGCCUUCACGGCCUUCACCUCUACAAGAGCAGUGGAGCAGACAAUUGCACCAGUGUCUCUGGCUUCCUGGCUUUCAAGAACUUUGACUAUGGUGCCAUGGUACAGGCAGAGAACCAUGUGGAGCUGGAGAACAUCACUCUGGUAGACAACUCCGUGGGGCUUUGGGCAGUGGUGUACGUGUCAUCUGCUCCACAACACUCAAUCAGAAAUGCGCAGAUCGUGAUUAGGAACUCAGUCGUGGUGGCCACCAGUUCUUCUUUUGAUUGCAUUCUGGACAGAAGGAAGCCUCGUUCAGCCAACCUGACCUCAAUGGGUCGAGCACCUCCCAACCCAAAAGGAGGCCGCGUUGGCAUUCUGUGGCCUGCAUUCACAUCUGUGCAAAGCCAGUGGCCUCAGGAUCCAUGGCACAAAGUGAGAAAUGGUCAUUUGGUUUCAGGAAUCAUUAAACUUCAAGAUGUCACUUUCUCUGGUUUUGUGAAAAGUUGCUAUAGCAACGACCUCGAUAUCUGCAUCCUGCCGAAUGCAGGGAGUGCCGGAAUGGCUCCCCCAGUCAUAGCGGAGAGGACCAGGAUGCUCCAGAUGAGAGCCGCGAGCAAGUUCUAUUUUCCUUCACGGCACCCAAGGAAAGACUUAGAAAGAGGGACCUGCUCUGCGUCAGACUGUGAAAACCCGAGAAAAUACCUCUUCAAGGACCUGGAUGGCACAGCCCUGGGUCUGCCCGCACCGGUUUCGGUAUUUCCCAAAACGGAGGCAGAGUGGACUGGAUCCUUUUUCAACACAGGUACAUUCAGAGAAGAACAGAAAUGCACUUACCAUCCACUGAUACAAGGCUUCAUCUGCAAACAGACUGACCAAGUGUUCCUAAUUCUUGGUAGUGUGUACAUCACUUGGGCAAUACAGAAGUUAUACCCAGUUGUAUCCAUGACUAGUGGUUUUGUUGACGUCUUUACCAGUGUGCCUAAUAAUACUCUUUGCUCUACUUCCGGAUCUGUGCAUACCUUUUAUUCCAUUUUACCUACCAGGCAAGUUACCAAGGUGUGCUUUGCUGAUCAGACUCCUCAAGUUUUGCGUUUUAUUCUAUCAGGGAACAAAAGCACUUCCAAGCUUCUCUUAGCUAUAUUCUAUCAUGAAAUUCAAAGCCCCCGAGUUUUCUUAGGUGGAAAUUUUAUCCCACCUACGUCAGUGCACUCAGUGUCAUCGUUGCUGGAAGAGUCUGUUGGUGGCAACUAUUUCAGCGUCAUGGAUAAUCUCCUGUAUGUUGUCGUACAAGGAGAGGAGCCCAUCGAAAUCCGCACAGGUGUUUCCCUUCAUUUGGCCUUCACGGUGACAUUCCCAGUCUUGCAAAAAGACUGGGAAGCUGUGAUACUUGACAAAAUAACUAACUUCCUACAGAUUGACCAAAACCAAGUCAGAUUUAUUCAUGAGAUGCCUGGCAAUGAAAAAACCUUGAAGGCCAUUGCUGACAGUAACGCAAAGAGAAAACGCAAAUGUCCAACUGUGACUUGUGCCACUCACAGAAGAGUUGGGCAGCGUAGGCCUCUCAUGAUGGAAACAAGCCCCCAGUGGGUCUCCCCAGUGACCACGGUAGAACCUAUCUCCAGGGUGAUCGUCAUGGAAAUUGGCGACCUGCCGCCAUCAAGGAGGCCUGGACCAACUCCACCUUUAUCAAGUAGCAAGUUACAAACUUUGGCUCGUCAAGUCAUCACUGCUCAACAGACUGGAGUGCUGGAGAAUGUUCUGAAUAUGACUUUUGGUGUCCUUCUUGUGACUCAGCCAGAGGCAGUCACUGGCUACGGAAAUGUGAGCAGAGUCAAAGCUGGAAACCUACUCUAUGCCCGGCCCUGUGCUCUUUCUGUCCUGGUCCAGCCUUCCGAUGGAGAAGUGGGCCAAGAGCUUCCGGUGCAGCCCGCGCUCAUUUUUCUGGACAAGCAGUAUCGAAGAGUGGAGUCUCUGGGGUCCCCCGCAGAGCCAUGGACCGUCUCAGUUUCCCUGGAAGGAGCACCAGAUUCAGGGCUGAGAGGGUGCACGCAGGCAGAAACACGGGAUGGCUAUGUGCGCUUCUCCAACUUGGCUGUCUUGAUCUCCGGGCCAGACUGGAACUUCAUUUUUACUGUCACGUCCCCUCCAGGAGCCAAUUUUACAGCUCGAUCCAGGUCUUUUUCUGUCUUGCCUGAAACUGGAAGGCAGAAGUCAACCAUCAUCCUGGCUGCGUCCCUGUGCUCGGUGGUCUCCUGGCUGGCACUGAGCUGCCUGGUGUGCUGCUGGUUCAAGAGGAACAAACGUAGAAAAACAAAACCUGAGGAAAUUUCUGAGUCCCAGACUCGUGAUCAGAAAACUCCACCCCAAGUGUCUUCCAAAUGGCGAGCAUCACAAACAGAUGCAGAAAAGAAAGGCACCAGGAAGGCAGAGGAUAUGAGAAUUAAGGUCUCACUGGACAGACCAAACCGACUCCCACUCCCACACCAGACCCCGGAGGGAGUGUCCAGGAGGAAGCUUGGCCCCCGCCGCGCCGCUCGGGAGGAGUUCGCAGCGCCUGCUCCGGGUCCUGCAGGCCCCCGGUCCCAGGGCCGCACCUGUGCUCCCAGCUCUGCAGCUCCGCAGCUCCACCUGCCCCAGGCUGUGAAUCAGAAGGACGCCCAGGGGCAGGUGGGCCCACCGCACCUGGCAGGCCCAGAUCAGCAGCUGGUGCAGGGCGCACACCUCCGCCAGGAUGGGCAGCAGGGCCGGGGCCACAGUCCCCUGAGCGCAGGGAGGCACAGCCUAGACUUUUCCCAAGAGCAGAGCACCUCCUGGGACCCCCCUGGGACUCUGCAUCUUCAUUCAGCACAACCUGAGCUCUUGGUUAGGGAGUGCUGCAAGGCUGAAAGCUCAAACAUUUCUGCAUGAUAAGGAGCAGAGGGAGGCAUAACUUUUUUGGUCAACCAAAAGGGAGAACAUGGGCUGGAUCCCUCUCUCACGUAUGAAAAGGAGGAGGCAAUCAUAUAAAGCUUUAGACUGAGUGUCUUAUCACCAACCCUACUCCAGCAACAGGAAAAUGAUAGAUUCUCAGGCCCUUGCUAUUUCAUUUUAUAUUCACUUAAAGUUUGAACUUUAACUAGUUAUGAUUCUGCUUCACCAAUUUAAAUAAUGCUGAAUUAUGUUCGAAGGAAUUUGUAUUAAGCCUCUCCUUGGUUGAGGACACAUAAUGCUCUGGGCUGGGCUGACAGAAAUUGUGAAAGGUGUAGUCAGCCCCAGCUGUGUCUGUAGUGUUACGGAAAUGCACCUCUUUAUGCAAAGAAGGAACAUGGGAAGGGCAGGAGGACACUACACUCAUGGUGCGCCAGGCCCAGUCUACCAGGCCCAGUCUUCCAGCACCCCCACCUCCUGCUUGUUCGCAAGUGAGAAAUGUUAUUUCAUGGCUGAAGGUCCCCCACUUGUGGAGCCCACGUUAGUGUAAGGAUAGAAGGUGCUUAUGCUUGAAAAGUUUACUUUCCAUGGGUUUCACUGAGGUUUUAGUUAAGGACAAAGGUGUAAAAAUACUGAGUUUGGAGAAGAAAAUUACCUGUGGACUACAGUUACAUAUUUGCAACUAGAGGAACAUUAUGUUUGGAAGCCACAGCUAGCCAGAUGGCCAAGUGGAUCAUCCACUGACUCCUUCAGCAGACAACUUGCUUGUUUUGUGAAAAAAUGUACAGAGCUGCCCAAGAUAAUAAAGGGAAGAUUACAUCAGGUGCUAGUGUUCUAGGCUGUCCUAAGAAUCUAGGGGAAGCAGAGCAAAGGAUCAACUAGCAUUGACAAAUUGAGUAAGGAUGUAAAUCUGAUUUAAUCUCAUUUACAGAUUUGCACAGAGCCUCUCUCUGUUCAUGCUCAAGGAUACAUUUGGCAAUUUGCCUUGUCUUUGACUUUGUACCUACAAGUUUUUGCACCCCAAGAAUAUAAAGCAAAGGCAGCAGAAGUGAGGAGAAUUUCAUGAAGAGGUUGCUCUCAGAUUUUCCUUGGGGUAAACCAGGAUUUUUCAACUCUGAAAAGCUAAGAUGCUCUCCUGUGUUUUCGCUGACACAGAGGAAGGAAACAUGAUCACCUACUACUGAAUUGUAAUGAUGAAUUCCUCAAGUGAGAACCCAUAGGAGGGACUGGCAGGAAGCCAUCCUCAGGUUAAGUCUAGGAAGAGGUACGCCCCAUCCUAACAUGAAUCACCAGGAGCAGUCUCAGCCUCUUUGUCCAUUCCCAAAGCAUCUUGUGGCAUCUCGUAUCCUAAGGCUGCAUCUGAGGAGCGGUGCGAAGCUACCCUGGAAUGCAUGGUGGAUUCCCAGGGAGACAGACGAAGAUAUUCAGGCUGGUGUUUCCAGACUAUAACCUAGGCUAUUUGAGUGAGGAGGCUAUUGAAGAACAAUCUGGCCUGUCGAAAUUGCUCAGAGGGGUACUCUGAAGGAGAAAAUCCUCUUUGCUCAUGUGUUUUGGGGGCUGCUAACAGUGCUUGAAUGACACAACAAAAUAAAAAAAGGAACUUGAGUGA